AACCAAGAAAUAUGACUUUGAGACGUAAGAAGCAGGUGAAAGCUGGAAAGAGAUUAAAAUAAGAUCAGAACCAGAUUUACAAUGCAAAUUAAACUCAUGACAACUGAGUUGCAGAAAGUUUGAGAGCAGAUCACCACCUCCUCGGUGUGAUGAGGUCCGCCUCUUGUCAGCGCUGCUCCAGCACCAGAUGCCGGCUGUUCUCUCACGGGGAGCACGCAUCAGCCCGAAUUCACUGCCACCGAGUGAUGAAGAUGACAGGAAGGACGCAAUGAUGCGUAAUUCUUCUCGUCUGGUGACAUUUUGGAUACACACAUCUCUGCGUCUGGAGCUAUGAAACUUCCCUGGAAGCUCAAUUAUAACCGGUGACACUGCGAGCUUCACACCAUGUUUGAGUUGUGCCUUGUCAUCGCGGUGUGCGGUGCGUUCUACCCGCGGAGCCUCGCAGCGCCACAGGCCCUGGCUGCAGAUCACAGGUCACACGAUGCCAGCGACGUGGAGCAGGACGACCGGCUGCAUGAGGAGAUCGACGGCCAGGAGAGCAUCCUCUCGAAGCUGCUGGGUGAUUAUGACAAAGUGAAAGCCCUCUCGGAAGGCUCUGACUGUCGGUGUAAAUGUGUUGUCAGACCCCUGAGCCGGAGCGCCUGUCAGCGGAUAGAAGAAGGCAGCGCCACGGCGCAGGACUUCUUCACCGUGGAGACCAUCACAUCUGGACCCGAGUGCAAGUGCGCCUGCAUCGCUCCUCCGUCGGCGGUCAACCCGUGCGAGGGAGAGUUCAGGCUGAAGCAACUCAGGGAAGCUGGGAAGGAGAAUGUCAAGUUGUCCACCAUCCUGGAGCUACUGGAGGGCUCCUUCUACGGCAUGGAUCUGCUGAAGCUGCACUCCGUCACCAAUAAGCUCCUGGAUCGUGUGGAACACAUCGAAAAGAUGGUGUCUGUGAACAACACCACAGAUGAGGUGAAGCCCAAGAGGAGUCCUCCUAUUGAUGCAAAUGUGACUGAGAGCCCACCCACCACGACUCUACCUCCUCCUCCUCUUCCUCCUCCUCCUCCUCAGCAUCUGGACAAGAAGAAACUCAAUGAGGUCAGUGGAGCAGCAGCCUAUCAGAGGCCAGAGGGAAAGUAUGAGGAGAAGUUUAUUGGGGAAAGUUUGUCCUUCCAGCAGACAGAUGGUUCUGCUCAGAUCAUCGAGAUGAAACCGGAGUUGACUCUCAAAAGCCCGGCUAACAAGGAGGCUUCUCAGGUGACGAAGGUCGGUCCCAACGGCAUGAUCAUCAGAGGAAUGACUUUUUAUAAAUCUGAGCCGGAUCCAAUGGUGGCAGACGACGGGGAACCAGGAGAGAACUUUUUUGAGUAUCAUGGGUUCAGUGGUGAUGGCCCAAUCAACAUCUUCAUUGAGGAGAAUCUUCUCCAGCACAAAGUCCCUGGGCCCAGAACAAGGCCGGGACCAAGAUCAUUCCGACCAAAGACAACCCCUCCUUUGCAUGGUUCCGAGAAGUCCAGCCAAUCAACAAAACCAAAGGAGUCCAGGUCAGAAACGUCAGACUCCCUCGGUACCUUUGAAAGCACAUCACAUCAUUCUGCAGAAGCAAAGAUUGUGACCUCUAAGAGGAGAAGUGUCACGUCUGCACCAUCCACUGCCACACGAAACACCAGGACCACAGAGACUACAGCUCGGACUACCCAAAGAGUCAGGGCUGGAAUCACUGAGUCGUCGAACCCCUUGAUGGAUGAACCAGCAGGUACCCGUCCAAGCAUCACUGCCAAGGAAACAACGGCAAGAACAAUGAGCCCAACCCAGCCCUCUGAAAAAACAGCCCCCAAGGAAAUCCCACUUGCAAGACGUACCGCAGCCACCAUGAUGACAACGUCUAUCCUGAAACUGAAAGAGCAAAUGAAAACUGUACCAGGCAGCACGGCAGCUAUUCCAAGUACACGUUCACCGAACCCAACUACAGAGGCAUCAACCUCCUCAAGCUCCAUCACAACCCACGCCGCCGUGACCUCGGUGCCAGUACACCCCACAGAAUCUUCCACAGCAGCUACUUUCAUUACUCCAGAGGAAGAAAGCAAAUCCACCUUCUUCUCAGAUACAACUUUGCCUCCUACCACACAGAGACCGACCACUCAGCCAUUCACCACCCCUGUGACUACGUCUGCUACAGCCACCAGGACCACCACCACCACCACUACCACCACCACCAGUCAGGCUCCCCAAGUGAAGCAGAGAUACAAAAUCAGCUGGGAGGAGGAAGAGGGGGAGGAGAAAAGACAGGGAUUAGAUGAACAAAUGCAAAGACAUGAGGAAUCGACGUCAACAAAACCUGGGGAGUGUAAGGACACUUUAGCAACGAUCUCCGAGCCGGUCACUCACAACACCUAUGGCAGGACCGAGGGGGCGUGGAUGAAGGAUCCGAAGUCUGACAAUAACAAAAUUUAUGUUACAAACUUCUUUUAUGGAAACAACCUCCUCGAGUUCCGCAACAUGGAGGUUUUUAAACAAGGCCGUUUCACCAACUCCUACAAGCUUCCUUACAACUGGAUCGGCACAGGCCAUGUGGUCUACGACGGAGCCUUCUUUUACAACCGGGCCUUCUCCCGUGACAUCAUCAAGUAUGACCUGCGGAAGCGCUAUGUGUCCUCCUGGACCAUGCUGCACGACGCCCUGGUCGAGGAGUCCUCGUCGGCGUGGGAGUGGCGCAGUCACUCAGACAUCGACUUCUCCGUGGAUGAGAGCGGCCUGUGGAUCAUCUACCCGGCGCUGGACGACGAAGGCUUCCUGCAGGAAGUGAUCGUCCUGAGUCGACUGGACCCCUCGGAUCUCAGCAUGCAGAGGGAGACCACCUGGAGGACCGGGUUCAGGAGGAACCGCUAUGGCAACUGCUUCAUUGUGUGCGGCGUCCUCUACGCUGUUGACAGCAACAACAGAAGAGAGGCCAACCUGGAGUACGCCUUCGACACGCACACAAACACUCAGAUGAUUCCCAGAAUGCCCUUCAUCAACAACUACACCUACACCACGCAGAUUGACUACAAUCCCAGAGAGGGGCUGCUGUAUGCAUGGGACAAUGGACACCAAGUCACCUACAACAUUACGUUUGCUUAUGAUUACCCUUAGUGAGGGUUUUAAAGUUAUUUUUAAAGUGAAUUAUAUGAUUUGAAUGGAUUGUAGAUCAGUCCACAUGGCCUUCAGUGAGGAAAAAGACGGGGCCAAAUGUAAAUACAGUCGGGUCCCAGACAGACGUUUAAAAGCCUCUCUAUACACUUCAGUAAAAUGUGAUUCCAUUGCUUUGUUCAUAUCAAGAAUGUUUAAAGUUUUACCUGAAAUAGAUGAAAGAUUUUCCUCAGUCAACAGAUCAAGUUGUACUGUAUUUACUGUAAUGCUGUAAAAAAAGACACAGCCCUUAGAGAUCCAUGAAUGUAGAGAGGUGUCAGAAUGAGUCAAUGACUAAUUGGGUCAAAGCAAUUCACUAAAAAAAACUAAUUCUUAAACGUUUUUUCUUUGAACAAAUCCCCGAACUUCUGUGGACAAAUUAAUUUCUCUCUAUUUUUGUAUACCCUACUCUAUAUCACGUUUUUCUUUGCAUCAUUUGACACAGGUCCUUUGUCUUGUGAACAGCACUUACUCCCUCCAUAUCAGACUGCUUCCAGGAGACCGCAAUAAAGUUUGGAAAUGCUUAAGAAACUUUUUUUCUUUGUUUGUUAAAGUGGUUUAGAUUAUAGCAUGUGAGUGUUCAUCCCACUGAGGGACUGACGGGUAGAUCCAAGACAGCAGGAAAAGACAAGUAAAGAUGUACAGAGCAGGGCUGUUCAAGCCUGGAACUUACGAAAAUACAGUCAAUUGUUGAAUGGAAAAAAAGCAAUGGAGGAAAAGGAUUUCGCCCAAAGGGCCGAAAGCGGGACACAAAGAUAAGGUGAGAGAAAAUCCAGUGUUUAUUUUGGUUUACACACAUAAUAGAAUACUAAAAGCAAAACCUCACAAUUUGUUUGUACUCUCGUCUUCUCCUUUAGUUCGGUCUGGAUGCAGUAAAACCAAAGUGGAAAAUCAAAUAUAUUGAAAGCGAUUGAGAAACCAAAGGGGAAAAAACAGAAUUCACACACAGAAGAUCUACUCUUAAAACAACAAAAGCUUUUUUUCUUGAACAAUUUUUAUGGGCAUCUGCUGAGCUAAAGCUUAACCAUCUGUACAAUCCUGUGGCUACAAUCUGGUCUCAGAUGUAAAGUAUGUUGAUUUAUCAAAACAGACAAACUGACGAGGAAUAUUUGUACGAAUUAGAAUUUCUAUAUGAUCUCAUUUACUUAAAUAUUGCCCCAAACUACAGGUAGUCGAAACAAGGUGGCAGACAUAUAUAAAAUAAAGCAUUUAAUAUCAGAACUGAAAACCCCAGGCGCUGCAUUAACAGUGCAAUUGUAUACUAGAAAUGAUUCCCUACUAAAAUCUUCCAUUACCCCACACAAUUUUUAAACUAGGAAUUUCAAUAUAUUAGGAUCAAGAGCAAAACAUAAAAUUGCAAUUCAGCCCAUGGAUGGAAAAGUCAUUGUGUUUUUUGUUACUAGUGGUUAUGUAUAAAAAAAUAUAAAUAAAAUAAUAAAAUGCUGGUUUUUUAUUGGCAAUUUCCAAUUCGAGGAUCAUGAACUUUUCAUGAAAUAAUUUCUGAAUGACCACCCAGCUGACACCUACAAAAUCUCUCUGUAGUCACAUUUAAUGUAUGUUUGAUUUCUACCUUUUAUAGUUUUAUUUACAAUAUGGCAGACUGAGGAAGAAAAUGUAAAUAAAUCCUGGAACUUUUAACAGCGGAAAUGAGCAAAUUGCAUCACACCAUAGAA